UGUCAGCUGUCGCUGCGCGUGUUGAUCUUUUUCGUUCAAUUUUUCGCUUUUAUUAUGCCUGGCGGAUACAAACGUAAAAAAUAUCACAAUGGUGACACUCAUCUGAAAAGACGGUGGAGAGUGCGAAACAGGAAGAAGGAUCUUGAUGAGAUUGACGAAGACUUACAGGAAGAAAAAGCUGAGAAAUUGCUAAACCAGAGCGUAGACUUGGACUUACCUGGUGCGGCGCAACAUUACUGCCUCCAUUGCGCGCGAUACUUCAUCGACGAUCGCUCACUACAGGAACAUUUUAGGACGAAAGUUCACAAGCGAAGGUUGAAGGCUUUAGAGUUAGAACCUUACUCCAUAGAAGAGUCCGAGAGAGCCGCGGGUCACGGCAACUUCAAAGCUCCAACCAAGAGGAAGAUCGUCACACAGAACACCAAGACUGACAUCACAGACCAAGACGGCGAUGCCAUUAUAGACGAAGUGAGUCCAAACAAGAAAAAGAAAGUUGACGAAGAUGCUACGUAA